GGGUGAACAGGAGGGGGCCAGGCUCCUGGAUGUGCGCAGCCUCAGAGCGCCACAGCUGUGCCCUCUAGUCCCAGCUCUGCGCACUUGACAGCCAGUUCGCCCGUCCGGAGCCCGGCUUAUUGGGGCAGCAUGGCAGGGUCGCCGCUGCUCUGGGGGCCGAGGGCCGGGGGCGUCGGCCUUUUGAUGCUGCUGCUCAUGGGUCUUCUGCGGCUUCCCCCAGCCCUGUCAACGAGGCCCGUAAAGGAGUCCCGCAGUCUGAGUGCAGCAUCAGUGCCCUUGGCAGAGACAGGCACUCCCCGCCGCUUGCAUCGGGCCCUGCCCCGCGGAGAGGCGGCGGGUGCAGUGCACAAGCUGGCGCAGGCGCUGGCGCACCUGCUGGAGGCCGAGAGACAGGAACGCGCUCGUGCCGAGGCACAGGAGGCGGAGGAUCAGCAGGCGCGUGUCCUGGCGCAGCUGCUGCGUGUCUGGGGCUCCCCGCGUGCCUCGGACCCACCCUUAGCCCCGGACGACGACCCGGACGCUCCUGCUGCACAGCUGGCACGUGCUCUGCUCCGCGCUCGCCUAGACCCCGCCGCCCUCGCGGCCCAGCUUGUCCCUGCUCCCUCCGCUGCGCUGCGCCCCCGGCCUCCAUUGUAUGAUGAUGGCCCCACCGGCCUGGAUGUCGAGGACACCGGAGAUGAUACUCCUGAGGUGGACCCGGAGCUGCUGAGGUGCCGGGGUCAUGGGGAGGGAGGGCGAGAUAACCAAAGCGCUGUCGUGCUGGAGCCUGAGGAAGUGAAGUCCUGGAUCCCGGUACUUGCUGGGGCGAAUCCUCACCGGAAGUUCGGAACCAGAGGCUGCUGCUGCUCCGCGCCGCCUCCGCCGAUCUGUGGACCAGGACCCGGGUCCUGAGGUGCCUCCCGAGAGUGUGCUGGGGGCGCUGCUACGCGUGAAACGCCUGGAUAACUCCUCGCCCCAGGCGCCCGCACGCCGCCUCCUGCCUCCCUGAGCGCUGCAGCAUCCUGCAAGCCCUGGAAUCCAGGAGCGCCCCAGCAACCCUGUCUUCCUGCCAGCAUGUCCACAGCCGCCUGCUAGGCAACCCUGAGAUCCCCAUCCCUUGAAUCCUCAAUAAAUGCCAUCUAUAGCA